AUGGCAAACCCAAGUUGUGAUAUUAAGGACGUGUAUAAAGAAAUUAGUACGAUCGAUGGCUAUUUUGGUGUGGAGUAUCAAACUGGAAUAAUUGAACAUGCUAAAGGACCAAUCUUAAAUUAUUGUCCUUACAAUAAUACCUUUGGAUAUAGUUAUUGUAGUAAUUAUCUUCAUAAGGCUAGUUCUGGUGUUAUUAAUUUGCUAGAAAAUUUAAAGAAGUAUAAUUUAGAAUAUGAUAAACUUGCCGAAUACGCUAUUUUAUUAUUAAGUUAUAAACUAAAUCAACAUUUAGAACAUAAAUCGACCGAUUUAAAUAAAUUUUAUACUACUUAUAUAGAAAAAAAUAACCAUUAUAAUAAGAAAAUAAAUGGUGAUAAUGGUCCGACUUAUAAGGAUAUUAUAAAUACAAAAAAAGAUUUGAUGAAUAUUAAAGAAAUGUCUAAAUUUAAUGGCCUAUUUAGUAUAUUAUUUUCAUUCUAUAAUGAAAUUAACAAAAACAAAUGGAAUUGCGAAAAUCAUUCGACAAAAGCUAAAGAAUUUAUUAAAAAUUUUGAAGAACUCAAUAAUGAUUCUAAUAUUAAUCGAAAUACUUCAUACAGCAAAUUAUUGUCUACAUUAUCAGAUGAUUAUAACAAUUUAAAAAAUAAAUGUACCGAUUUUCCAUCUCUUCCAAAGAUAAAAACGCCACCAAGCACAUUAAUUCCAGUUUUAUCGACAUUUCCUGUAAUACCAGUUUUCUUGGGAGUUGCUUAUAAGGUAAAUAAUAAGGAAUUAAAACUAUAA